UCUAACAGAUUGAUAUGUUCCGUAUAUACCCACCCGACCACCCACCCCGCCGCUAUCCCCAAUAUAUCCCCACUCUUCGCCUCCUUUCUGGAGCAGCUAGGGUUCCGUCCUCGAUCCGAUCCGCCGAGUGCACACCACCUUUCCCCACUCCGAUCGAAUCGAUGGCCGCCGAGGGCGAGAAGAAGAUGAUAACCCUCAAAAGCUCCGAUGGCGAGGAGUUCGAGGUGGAAGAGGCGGUGGCGAUGGAGUCGCAGACCAUCCGCCACAUGAUCGAGGAUGACUGCGCCGACAACGGUAUCCCUCUUCCUAACGUCAACUCCAAGAUCCUAUCCAAGGUAAUCGAGUACUGCAACAAGCACGUACAUGCCGCCGCCGCCGCCGCCGCCGCCUCGAAGGCCGGUUCCGACGACGUGGGUGCCGCCUCCGCCAACAGCACCGCCGCCUCCGGUGAGGACCUCAAGAACUGGGAUGCGGACUUCGUCAAGGUCGACCAGGCCACGCUUUUCGACCUCAUCUUGGCUGCAAACUAUCUGAACAUCAAGGGUCUGCUCGACCUGACCUGUCAGACUGUUGCUGACAUGAUCAAGGGCAAGACACCAGAAGAGAUUCGCAAGACCUUCAACAUCAAGAAUGACUUCACCCCUGAGGAGGAAGAGGAGAUCCGCAGGGAGAACCAGUGGGCCUUCGAGUAAGGAGUCGAGGCCAAUGCCCUAAGGCCCGGCCAGUGCUCUAAGGCCAGGUCAUUGUCCAAGUGGAAGGAUCAACAUGACCCUUGUUAAGAAGAAUAAGCAGUUCCAUAACUGCACCUGUCGUCGGCUCAACAAAGGGACGUGGUCCAAUGUCACCUGUUCAAGAACGGACGUGGCCCACGAUCUCAACUUUCAACACGAUCUCAACUUUGAACAGACAUGUCUUUUCUGUAGGCCGGUGCCUUCAUGUAACAAAGCAAUAAAGGAAUCAGACCGUUGAUUCAUUUGAGAAUACUCGUCACAUUACAGUUUACUUGAACAUGUUA